AACCCGCGUCCCGUAUAAAAGAAGAAUCGGCCGCUUAUCGGAACCUAGUCUUGCUUCUGUCUCGAUAACCGUAGCACCACACACAGUCAACAUGUACAAGUUCCUCCUGAUCGCCGCUCUGGUCCCAGCCAUCCUGGCCCAGACCCCCGUCCGGCAAUGCCCCAACGGAGCUGGAUUGCCCGAGUCGGUGGACAUCAACGGCUGCACGACCUCCCCUUGCCCGAUCCAGAAUGGAGCCCCCAUCCAGGCUGUGGCCCGUGGAAUCACUAGCCCGGUUGCCACCAACGGAAUGACCUCCUACAUCGUGAUCCGCCUGGCCGGUCUGCAGAUUCCGUUCCCGAUGCCCGAUGGUCUGGAGGAUGCUUGUGCCGUCGGAACCGCUCCCGGAACUUGCCCGGUUUCGGCCGGACAGACCUUCGACUACACCCUGGAUCACGAGGGCCAGGCUCUGGCGCUGACCGGAGUCACCGUCCAGGUUGAGGUCGGUCUGCGUGCCGAUGACAACUCCGUGAUCGGUUGUCUGCUGUUCGAUGCUCAGAUUGUCGGUUAAAAUAAAGGCUUAGUUUUAAUGUA